AAAGAACCAAAGCCUUUCGAUCAGUCUUCAGCUCCCUAUCAUCUUCCUAAACACGGUCACAAAUUCAUUGACCUUCUCUGCCUCUGGAAUGACCUUGGCUACACUCUCCUUCCGGGGCAAUGAUCUUCAAGCCUAGAAGUUUCGAGGCUUCCAACCCGGCGACCCGAGAAUGUGACCCGAACGUAUAUUCGCGGUCCGGUCACCGCACGACGUCGCACUGGUUUCAUUUUCUUCGUCUUGCCGUCGUCGGCAUUCCAAUGGUUUGGUUUAAUCGUUAGUCGACCGCAGAGAGAGAAUCGAAGGCUGGAAGCUCCUGCUGCUCAGACGGUUUCUGGCGGCUCCGGCGACGGAUUGACCUGCAUGUGUUUCGGACGCCUUUGACCUCCAAAAGUAUAAUCUGAGGUUUGGCCGAGCAUUGAUCGACGUUUAUUUCUCUCUCUCUCCCUCUCGAUCUGUCUCUCCCUUCUGUUGCUCUCUCUCUCUCUCUUUGCCUGUUCCAAAUUCAAUUUGCAGGUCAAAUAUUGAAUAGGGAACUGAAUUUGGUGUGAAAAUUCAAGAUCAGAGUGAUCGAGUCGGUCAAAUCUCGGCUAAAUUCUGCAGCUGACGGUGAAAAUGAGUUUGGAAGAAAGGAAGGCGUUUCCUUUGUAGUCUACCAGGGAGAGAGAAUGAACCCAUUCUAACAGGACAGGACAGAGUGAACCGUGUUUUUUACUGAGCCUAACAAUCAUUUUUGGUCAUAUGCCAAACGGCGCGUGUGAAUCACGUCCUGUUCCAAUCAACCACUAAUAGACUUCCAAGUUCCAAUCAACCACACAAGUACCUGUGUACCAUGUAGAAAGUUGUAAGAGAUAGAGACGCAAACUUCCAUGUGAUGGUCAAGGCUUUCAAAAAUGGAUCACUACCACUGUACCACAUAAUCCUAACUAUCGAUUUUGUACGGAGAUAUCUCGAAAAUGGAGAAGAUAAGCAAUAUUCCGGAGUUGGCGCUAACCGUGGUCCCAAAUAGUAUUGCAAGUGAUAAAAGCAGUAUUCCGGUGCUAGGUUUAGGAACGGCUGCAUAUCCUUUUGUUGCCUCUGAAGCAGCAAAAGAAGCCAUUCUCACUGCAAUCAAAGUCGGCUACAGACAUUUUGAUACCGCUGCUGCUUACCAGACGGAGCCAGUUCUUGGUGAAGCCAUUGCCGAAGCUCUUUCACUUGGCCUCGUCAAAUCCAGGGAUGAGCUUUUUGUUACUUCCAAGCUUUGGUUGACGGAUGCACACUAUCACCUUGUCCUGCCUGCCAUUCAUAAGACACUCAAGAAUCUAGGAUUGGAAUACCUAGAUUUGUAUCUCAUUCAUUGGCCUAUGAGUUUGGAGCCGGGAAGCUAUGACAUACCUUGGAAGAAAGAGCAUCUUCUUCCUAUGGACUUCAAGUCGGUGUGGGAAGCAAUGGAAGAGUGCCAGAAGGUAGGCCUCACCAAGGCAAUAGGAGUCAGCAAUUUCUCAUGCAAAAAGAUUGAAAUCUUGCUUUCCACUGCAAAAAUCCCUCCUGCAAUCAACCAAGUGGAGAUGAACCCGCUAUGGCAGCAGAAAAAGCUGAGAGAGUUUUGUGAAAGAAAAGGUAUAAUCAUCACUGCCUACUCUCCUUUGGGGGCAAAAGGGACACCGUGGGGAACAAAUGGAGUGAUGGAAUGUGAGACGCUCAAACAAAUUGCUGAAGCAAAAAGGAAAACUCUUGCUCAGGUUUGUCUGAGAUGGGCAUAUGAGCAAGGGGUGAGUGUGGUGGUGAAGAGCUUUAACAAAGAGAGGAUUAAGGAAAAUAUGGACAUAUUUGAAUGGGAGCUGCUGCCUGAGGAAGUUGACAAGAUCAAUCAAAUUCCACAAAAGAGAGGAUGUCAAGCAUCCGAGUUCGUUUCAGAUAAUGGCCCUUUCAAGUCUCUAGAAGAGCUUUGGGAUGGAGAUAUUUAAGUAAUUAUAGUACCAAUCAAUCAGGUCAAUCGAUGACCAAGAUUUAUUAAUCAGUGCGGACAUAACAUAUGUCGUAACUUUGCUUUAGGCUGAUCAGAUCAACUUUUGUUCAAUAAUAUGCUCGAAGCAAUAUUUUGAUUUUUCUUUUCUUUUGUUUGCACGAACUGAUGCGAAUAAUCGAUUAUGUAAUAGUUGUCAUUCUAUUAUCAUGCCGGUUGUCAUU